AUGGCAGGUAGUCCAGCAAAGCCUAAAGUUUUUAUGGACAUUUCCAUCGGAGGAGAACCGGCCGGUCGCAUAGUUAUUGAGCUUCGCAGCGAUGUCGUUCCGAAGACGGCGGAAAAUUUCCGAGCCCUGUGUACAGGAGAAAAAGGCUUUGGCUACAAAGGCAGCAUUUUUCAUCGAAUUAUUCCAAAUUUUAUGUGCCAGGGUGGAGAUUUCACGAAUUCAAAUGGAACGGGUGGUAAAUCUAUAUAUGGCGCGAAAUUCGAGGACGAAAACUUCCAGCUAACUCAUACCGGUCCAGGCAUUCUGUCUAUGGCAAACGCUGGCCCUAACAGCAACGGGUCGCAGUUCUUCAUUACAACCGUGAAAACUUCUUGGCUGGAUAAGAAACACGUAGUUUUCGGCAGCGUUGUCGAAGGAAUGAAAAUUGUGUCUAUGAUGGAAGCCCAAGGAACGGAUAGCGGAAAGCCAAAAAAACAAGUGAAAAUCACGGAUUGCGGGCAGUGUGCAUGA